AUGGCGCGUUACGCGGUGGCACUCAUCGGCGAGAACAAGGCCGACGAGCACAACCAACGAGGCGUUUUCAUCAACACCGCUUCGGUCGCCGCUUUUGACGGACAAAUUGGGCAGUCCGCCUACUCGGCCUCAAAAGGAGCCAUCGUCUCGAUGACUCUACCAUUGGCGAGAGACCACGCCGAGGACGGAAUCCGCUUCAUGACGAUCGCCCCCGGGCUGUUCAACACCCCGCUACUCGCCGGGCUCCCGGAGAAGAUGGCCACAAAGGCCCUGUUCCAAGGCGACUCGGAGAUCGACGAACUCUUCCGCAUAUUCCGCAUCAUGGGCGCGCCGACCGAGGAGGAGUGGAGAGGAGACUACGCUCAGCGAGCAUCUCUCAACAAAGAGGAUCUCCAUUUGCUCCGGGAAAUGCUCAUCUACGACCCGUCGCUGCGCAUCUCAUCGAAGCGUGCCUCUGUAGCACCCCUACUU